AUGGAAGAAGCUGGCAAACUUGAGAGUCGAAAAAUUUCUGAAAAUGAAUUUUCAUUUAAUUGGCACUUUUGUAAAAGAGAACAGAAAUCUUCAUAUCAUAGUCCUACUUUUGGUACGUUAUGCAGUUUGUUUUCUGACUGUUAUUUGAGUUUACAUUUUGUUAACCCUUUCAAACAUAGUAUUAUUAUUUUCUACUUGAGAGACUGUUAUGCUUCAAGUGAAGUUUCCAGUGUAAGUCUUAUGGUCUUCACUUUAGAUGGAAAUUCUUAUCCAUUGACAUCACUUAUGGUUGCGGAGGAAUGUGGUUUAGAUUCGUAUUCGGUAAUAUGUCAAUUUUAUUUACCAUAUGCUACAUAUUUAAGUACUGAAAAAUUUAUCUUUAAACUCCAGUUAAAACUACCCAAAGAUCUUACUUCCCCGCCUGAACUUUCUUUGCCGCUUCAAGAAAGCAAAAGUCAUAAAAAAUCCUCUUCAGCCCCAGUUAACGAAGACUCAAGAAACAAAUCUUAUGUUGAUAAUCCGAAAGAGUUAAUUCAAGACUUAAGAUCUAUUUAUACUUCUGGCGAAAUGUGUGAUUUAGAAAUUCGCAUUGGUGAAAACAUACUUCGUGCUCACAAGUUCAUGUUAUGUUCCCGCUCGCCAGUUUUCAAGAAAAUGAUGGAACACGAUUUCUUAGAAUCCUCAUCCAAUUCUAUUACCAUCACUGAUUGUUCUGAGAUUCCGUUUGAAAAAUUUCUAAUGUACCUUUACACUGGUGAGAUUGAAGAUCGAUCAAUGGAAACUGUUGUGCCACUGUAUUCGUUAGGUGAUAGGUAUGAUGUACCACCGUUACGGAAUGCUUGUUCUCAUAUAUUGCAAAACAAACUUUCUGAAUCAGCUGAUGAAGUUGCUAAUAUUGUGUGUGAUGUCUUGCAAUUAGCUGAAUUGCAUAAUGACAUGAAAUUGAAAGAUUUAGCUGUUAGUUUUAUCGUGAAUCAUUUUCCGGUGGUAUCUAAUAAACAAAGUUGGAGAGAUUUAAUGAACAGUGAUUUCAAAUUGACCUCCGAAGUUCUUGCUCUUGUAGUUACUGCUUGCCAAAAAUUGCAAACUUAA